UGGAAAAUUGUUUCUCCUAAAUAUUGUAUGUUUCUUAAUUGACUGUGCUAAAUAGUGUAGUUUGAUCAAGGAGCUUGUUUAUUUCGAGGCUUGUUACAGGGUUGUCGCCGAGACGAGCGGGCUAUGAGUUGGGUCAUGCAAUAAACAUGGAAGUGGUAAACACAAGUGAAGGUCUAUAUGAGCAAAGAGAGAAUAUACCAGGAAGUAGUACCGACAGCGACGCUUCCAGCACGGUGGAGAGCAGUGAACAACUGAGCGAAGAGAUAGACCAAUCAGACGAUGAUGACGAUCUAAGAGAAGACCUUCAAAAGACUAUUCCCGAAUGCUACAAAUCCGACUCAAACAUUACAUCACAUGCAUCCAGUGACAUCACAAACGAUGAAGAAUUUCAAGCAACGGCCCUUUGCCAGUUUAUGGAUAUUUUAAACGAUCUAGAUGAGGUUUUAGACAAGUCUUUAUUAGCUUGCCUUGAUGAUCCGAGCAACUUUGACAGUGACGAAGAAGAUCUCAUCUGUAAAAUAAAAGAAUGUAUUGGUCAUUCCGAAGCGUCUCAUUCUGAAGAUCUAAGUUCUAUAGACGAUAAUACUCAAGUAGUAUGUGGUGCCCAUCCUUCAGCGUCAGUUUUAGAAGACGAUGUCACAGAAGUAAUUUCUGAAAGGCCACAUUUGACAUUAGGUCGAUCCAAAAGUUUUGUUGAUCUAUCUGAAACCCAAAGACAAAGCAUGGUAACUUCAUUAGAGAGAGCGAGCACAAUGAAUGAUCACUUACGUAAUUCAAUGCGUCGAUUGGACCCUAUAAUGCUGCCAGCUAUAUCAACAGAGAAUGUGGAGCCUUUAACACUCCCAGUUAUAUUAUUUUUAGAGCAUCAUGCUAAUUUGCGGCCUACAAGUGCGCCUAUACAAUUGCAAUUGACCGCUGCUAACUUGAGUAAUAAUGGUGCGUCCGGGCCCCUGAUCGUGGGUCGCAGAGCUCUGCUAAUGAAUCGAGCCUUGUCACUGCCAUCACCAGGGGAGAGCGACGUGACAGGAGAGUGGACUGGGCGGAACACAGCUCGAAGUACUGCUCGAAGUUCUACAACAAGUUCGUCAGACGAAUCACUAGCAGGAGUCAUGCCAAUGAACCAAAUUACCGCCCCUGCUGACGAGAGACUCGAAGAAACUGACGAUCCACCGUUCGGUGUAUGGCCACAUCGCAUGAGUGCUAUGCUGGCGUGCCUCAGCUGCACCGUGGGAAUAUUUAACAUUUCGCGAUUUGCCAUAUUCAGUGUUCAUUUUGGAGCAAGCUUCAUAAUACAGUUCGUGAUGCUAUCGCUGUUGAUCGGAAUCCCAUUGUUUACACUAUACUUAUGUCUGGGACAAGUACUAGAAUCCGGGCCGGUGGAUAUGUGGAGGAUAUCCCCUAUAUUCCAAGGAGUGGGAGUGUCAAUACUCAUCACGCAGGCUGUCAUAGGGAUGUACAGUAUCAUUGGCCUAUCUUGGAUUUUUGUUUAUUUCCGAGAUUCAUUCAUAUCUACCGAUGAUAGAUACAAAUGGGCAUUACCACAUGAAUACAAUUUCGAAGACGGGGCUAUAAAAAACGGUACAUUUAAGAUACAAGAGACGUUACCUCAGUACUUCAAUAGCGAAGUAUUACAAAGAAAUUUGGGGGCCAGCAAUUCGUACUUUGGAACAAUAAAGUUUCAAGUUGCAUUUAACUUAGCCGUAGUGUGGAUGAUUGUCUUCGUCGCGCUCAGCAAAGGAUUGAGGUCUUACGGCAAGGCAGUGUACAUGUUGAUAUUUCUACCCAUAUGUGGCACUUUGGUGUUAUGUACCAAGCUACUGACGCUCAUACCGUACGACACAGUGACUAAUAUUUUCUCCGAGACUGAGUGGAGCGAAUUCUUCAUUAACAGUAACAGUUGGGCGGCGGCAACACAAGAGACGUUUCUAACAUGGGGCUUGCUUGGAGCGUGUAUAAUGCAGUUGACGUCACAUAAGAAUGCCAAAAAUAAGACAAAUGUAAUGUUGCAAAGGGAGAGUGCCUAUAUUGCAGUGUUUACAUUCGCAGUGCUUCUUCUUGGAUCGUUCCUAGCGAACGCCUGCGUGCUUAUAUUGAAAAACUAUGGCUUCAAUUACCUACCUGGUAGUUACGAAACAAUAAAAUCAUCGCAAUUCCUAUGGCCAACAUCAGAACCGCUGCCAGGCAAUCAAGUAUCAACUCCAGUACGAUUCAUGGGCCAUUACGGAAGCUUAGUUGGUGUGACUGUGUGGAAGAAUGGCAACAACCCACGCGCGUUGAGCGGUUGGCAACCGUUACAAUUGGCCACACAACUUGUGCCAGCCACGCUAGCUGUUCUACCUGCUAAUUUGCUCUCUCCAGCCUGGGCAGUUAUAUUCUACUUCAUCUUGAUAAUGUUCGGGCUGGCACAACAACUGGCAAUAUGGCACUGCGUCAUCACAGGCAUUCUGGCCAUCGAUGCGAGAUCACUUCGCGUCUGGGAGACCACAAUAACAUUCCUGAGUUGCGUCUUUGGAUUGGCUAUGGGGCUUUUGCUCACUACUGAUGCGGGCAUCAGAAUAGUCCACUUCAUAGACUACGUAUGGGUGGGAUCGUGGUGGCAGUGCGCAGUACAAGUGUCGCUUGCGUGUGGCGUGUUCGUAGUACGCGGUCGACCUUAUUCACCGGACGUCGUAGUGGGCGCUCUCUACGAUUCCCGCUCCAGAUUGUCCGCCACUUUAGCUGCAUUGCUCAGUUUUACCUGGACCGUUAUAUUGCCUGUUUUGUUGUGUGCAAUAUGCGUAAUGGAUUUCCGUAUUGGACAACAACGACAACUUUAUAGUUGGAGGAAACCUGCAGGAUACUGGCCAAUAUGGGCGCGGCAACUGGCCGUGUUAUUGCAACAGGGCGCGCUGCUGAUUGUACCAGUCGGUGCCUUCAUACAGACAUGGCGGUACAUGAGUAAAGGGCCGCCUGAUAUAUUGGAGCGCAUCCAAAACCUAUAUCGGCCUCGCAUGGGCCCGAAUAGCUCGGGUCGUCCGUCGUCGGCUCCGCCGCGCGAUGCUCGGCCGCCGUCCGCCACUGCGCCCGCGCCAGACCCCCCGCCCAAGUACACUCCCCCGCCGUCGUACUCUACUGCUACUGGUGCUAGGUUGCUGAAUACGCUUAGACGGAGUUUUAGAACGCUCAGGAGAAUAACAUCGGCGCGUACGGAGCAAUCACAAUCCGACGAAACAAUGAACACGCCGAUCACGCUAAGCGAAACGGUUGACCGCGAACAGCAGGCUCGAGAAUCUCAACCUCCGGAAUAUAGCGGCGUUUUUGCCACGCCUUCUAUCACAAUCACAGAUGAGACUGACUCCAGAUCUAAUCGUCCAAGGUCAUCGACCUCCAGGAACUCCCUAUCUCUAACCCGCAACUAUUUAAGAAGGUCCUUCGUCCGCAAAAGCGACUCAGUAAAAAGCAUCCGAUCAAGUUUGCGACGAAGUUUCAAAUAUGGUGGUGCCUUAACAAGCAGCCAUGAGCAGCUGGUGCGAGGGGCUGAACCGAUGUCCAGCACAGUGGCCAUGUCCGCGAUGUUGGAUAGCGAUGGCUCCCCGCACGCGCGUAGCCUCGCCUCUGUGAUAUGAUUCUCGUAACCUUAUUUUUCCGGUCUCGACCAAACUUUUUUGUAAAUUCAUAUAGAUUGUUGUGCAGGGUCCAUUCGAGCUGGAAAUUAUUUUCGGAACUGACCUGUACCAUGAGUGAAAAUGUUACUUCGUGCAUCGCUUGGGGCGCUGUACAACUUGCCAUACAAAAUUGAUAAAUAUUUGACGUGGACGCUAGCCACAACUCGCUGUAAACUCAUGGUAGAGGCAAAGUAUCUAUACCACGAAAUGGUAGUGUUAAGUCACUACAAGAAUGAUUCUCGCAAUAAAAAUAUUUAACAUUUCGUAAAUCAUAUUUUAAGCGAUCGCUAGGAAUUUACAAACUGUAAUCUCAAUGUGGAGAUACAGUACUGUAGUAAAAAUGAGUUAAACAAGUGUUUCGAAUACUAGUGAUAUUA